AUGCUAGAGGCAACAGGUACCGGCUGUGAACUGAUUUUGUCUGUUGUGACCUUUGCAGGCAAGGGUGUCAGGUAGGCUAAAACAAAGAGUCGUUCUGGCUGGUGGCAGACUGGAUAUGUUUGCACUGAGCUGGUGAAGGCCUGACCAAUGGUGCAUGAGUCAUCAAAUCAGUCAUUGCGAGUUCUGACGAAUGGUGAUCAAGAUUCCCAUCAAAAGAGAGAAACCACUAUCUCAGCUCCUGCCAUCAGGACAUGAUCUCCAAAAGAGAGCCUGUGACAACACCACAGGAGGCUCCAAGGACCUCCGCGAUGGAUCCUCUUAAGACUUUCUAUCAUCACACAGGAGUGAAUAUGGUUUGGACCUCAGUACUGAGUAGAAUUUGCAUGUUCCCCUGUAAGACUCUGGGUUAAGCGAUCUUGACUAGUAAAAAAAUGUUCGAUCUCUCACUUAAAAAAAAAAAAAAGAUAAAUAUGUCUACUAAUGUCAUCCUGCCUUGAAAGAGUGUUUGGUUAUAAUAUUGGAGUAUCAAUGAUCUAUGUUCUAGUAUUUCAUUUACUGUGUUACAUGCAUGAGGGUAGCAAAAUAUUGGGAACACACAAAACUAUAAUGCACUCAGGGAAACCAAUGUCGUUCACUACUGCUUGAUAAAUAUAAAGUAUGUCAACUAAAUCUGAAAAUGAAAAUUCAUGGUAAGGCUAUUGUGCUGGGAUCAUAGACUGUACUUAAAUGUUUUGUAUUAACUUUUAAAGUUUGUCUACAGCUCUAUUCAUUUUGCUGGAAGAGGCAGGGUUUAUGACCUAUACUGCAACCAGUCACCUGGGGGUGCCGUCCUCAUGGAAGCUUCCCCAAGCGAGGACGCAGAUGACGUCCAUUUUAUGUACAGUCUAUGCUUGGUCCACACGUUAAGGUGGUCCAGGAGGCAUUUGCUUGAAUGGUUAGUGUGUACUUUUUUUCAUAGUAACAAUUGCUUGUUGCCUUGUUUAUUCUAACAGAGGCUUUAAUUGGUGUUACUUUAAGUCCUGGAUAAUUGAGUAGGAUCUAGGCGCUGGAGAAUGGUGGUUAAAGCUUGUUUGAGGAGUUUUUAACAGUCUGAAACUACUCUUGAUGCCUCUUUGUGACCCUUAAAAGCAAAUAAGACCAUCAGCGACAAGUCUGAAAUUGGAACUUGCCUCCACUCCAGCCCUUCUGUUGUUCUGCGGUCUCAUUUUACCAGUAUAAUAGGUUUUGUCACUGAUUUCUGCUCUGUUCGGUGCCCUGGGGUCUUCGCUUCAAUUCUCCCUGCCUUGGCUUUACACAUAUGCACAUGAAACAGAGAGGGUGUGCUCUGUCUGCCUCAGGUCUUUGCAUUCCAUGUACGCACAUGGAGGGGCAGGGAGCUCCCAGAAUGAAGCCUUAUCACCAAAUAAACUUAGUGCUGAAAUUAAUCAGUCCUCCUUAACAAAAGUGAAAAUUUGAUACAUGUUGCACAUAUGGCAUUACUGAAAGGCAUAUCUUUAGCACAAAUAAGUAAACAUCAUUCAAACCCUUUUCCCCCCUUCUGCUGGAAUCUUAUCAACCCAUCCAUAGCGUCCUUUGGGUGCUGUUAUCUUCACAGCAGAAUAAACAAGACAGUGUGUCAGUCUGACCUCCUAUUCAGGACAAAAUAUGGAUGUUUUACAAGCCGGAGAAAAUAUGUUAGGCUGCAUUAACUUCAAUUGGCACAUUCUUCUGUCACAACUCAUUUCCCUGCGUUUCUUUCCAUUACACAGCUUAGGAAAUAUUCUUAUUGUUUACUGCAGCAGCGCCUCUAUUGAGUUAGGUAACUCAAAACAGGAUGUUUCGCUGUGCAAUUACCGCUCACAAGGAAUGAUGGAGGAACAAACAGAAGCUGAAAGCACUUCUGUUUUUUUCUUUGUUUUUUUUUUUCUUUUUCACUGGCUGGAGGUCCAUUGUUUUCAGCUCUCUAGUUAUUCUUUGUUCAACCUGCUUCCUGUGCUCCUGUUCAUUAGGCCCAUACAGUCACUUCACCCAUGUGCCAGGUUGAUCUUCAGUGGUCACACAAGUUAGGCUCACUCCCCCCUUUAAGCAUACAGCCAAGGUAUUUCCUGCAGUAAAUGUGAGAGAAACCUUUUAAUAAACUUCUUGUUUUAGCAGCUGAAGCACUGACAAGAUGAUUUAGGUGUAAGAUGAGACAUUUUAGAUACUGAAGUCAGACAGAGGAUGGACAGUGAUUUUGAUUUUGCACUAAAAAAAUCAGUAGGCCUGAAGCUUUAGCGAGUGCACAGCUGAUUUUGAUAAUUUAUUUCUUAAUUCUGGUGUUAGGCCCAUCAUUCAUGCCCCAGAAAACUUUAAAAUAGUUUAAAAUGCUUUUUUAGGACUGUCAUCAACGCCCUUUCACAUCUAAAGAUGGUUCACCAGCAACUGCAGAGACUGAAGAUGUAGAGCAAGAUUUUGCAGAGAAUGGGGAUCUCUCAAGAUCACAACCAUAUAUCUGAUGGAAAUCAUACAAAUUUUCAGGCAAACAAUGACAAUAAUGCUGCAGGGUCACUAAUUGGCAUUGUUGAUGGUUGGAGAGACAAUAAUAUGUGAUUGUCCUCAGAUGGACCAUGGAAAUAAACAGACAAACUGGUGAAGCUGUGGACAUUUUUGUGGGUUGUGGAUCUUAAGCAUCCACUCAUCUGUACAAAUAUGGAGUGUAGAGGGGGAAAAGUUUACAGAAAAUGCCUCCACUCUUGAAACACUCAGUGGGUACGCCACAGUUUUCAGCUAUUAGUCUAAUCUCUGAUGUGAAUGGGAUCCAAGCCUCUGAGCUAAUUGUAUAUCAUGUUUGUUCUGCUUCCUGUUAUGAGCUAGUGAGGGAGAUGCAUAUAUGUUACUAAACCCUGUGUAGUGAUUAGCACUUAUUUUAUUUUCUGUUGGCACCCUAAAGUGAUUUUUGUUUGUGUGGAGUCCCAGGCUGGCUCUCAACUCAGGGUAUGCACUGCCCUUCUGUAUAGUAGACUUGAGUACCCUGGGUGAGAUGGUCCAGCUUUUGUGAAUUGGGACAGUCUAUCCUUCGAAGGACUUCCUGGUUGAGUCGCUAAAUGUCCCCACCCCACCAAUUGUGAGACCUUGCAUACAUACAAUACAUACAUGGAACAAAAGACGUGACAUGACAUUUUUUGUACGCAGGAGUAUGAGAUCCGCAUUGAGAAUUAAAAAAAAAAGACUUCAAGAUUGAAGUAGUGAAUUAACCAGAAUAAAGUCAUUAAUUUAUGAGAAUAAAGUUGUAAAGUUACCUGUUAUUUCAGAGGAGAGUUGUUAAAAUUAGGGCCAUGAAGCAUUUGAAGGGACUGUGCUUCAGUAUAGGUUUCUCAAACAAGGAGAUUAUGAUAUUAAUCCAUAGGCCAUAAGGCGUUGGUGUCUCUGCAGGUGUAGGUUACAGCCGGUGUGAGAAACGUGGUGCACGUCAGAGCUCGACUCCCCCUGGAUCGCAAAUGUUGAUCAUCAGUUGGAUUGUUUCAUGAGAAACCACCCUUAGCGCUGCGUGAUGAUGUCACAUACCGUUGAAAUCCGCACUUCAAUGGUGCAGACCCUGAAUUGAGACACAGCCCUUGCCUGCGUCCGAAUUGCCCGCUCGCAUACUACAUACUACUGCUACAUACUACUGCUAGAUCCUACUCCUACAUAUUAAACACAUUGGCCCAAUUCGGACACACUAGACGAGCGGUGGGGAAAGACAACCCCUGCAGGCAGAGAGUAGGUACUGCGCCCGUGCAGACAGUGGUAACGGAAGCCUCCCAUCUGCUGGCCUGGCUGUAGUACUGCAGCGAGUACUGUACAAUGAUCGGUGCGCACCCGUGACUUAUUAGGCAUCAUCACCAGAAGGCACCUGUUACUCAUUAACAAUGAGUGGAAACAUAGUAGUGCCAUCAUGGAGGUGGCACAUCUUCAGAGAAAAGCCAGCAUGCCUUGCAACCAGAUUGAUGCUAUGCCUUGCAUUUUCUAUGUGGAGAUUCCUGGAGUCAUUGCCACAGGAAAGCUUUGACAUGAAGUGCUUGAACUAGAAGCUCUGUCAUGUAUUUCUUGUUACUAGUCUUUUCUGGUGUUUGUCCAGACACCACAAAAGCCCACGCGGGCCAUACACUCAGCUCAACAGCACCGUGCCCAUCAUUCGUCAGUUUUUGGAUGACACCAUUGACCUGCGCCCCAACCUUCACCUCUCUCGUUGCUUGCUUGCUGCCCUUACUGCUGCUUACUACUGCUGUUUGUUUUUUGGCUGGCCCAUGCAGCGUCCUACAGGGUGGUGGCUGCAGUCUGCGACAUUCGGAAGUCCACUGUGCACGAUAUUGCGCACAGGGAGACCAAGGCUGUCGUGGGCAUCCUGGGCUGCACCAUCUGCCUCCCCGACCCUGACCAGCUGGAGGACAUCGCUGCUGGCUUCAGCCGCCUCGGGGGAAGUCCAGCUCUGCGGACAGUGGUCGGGGCAGAUGAUGGCUGCCAUGUCCGCAUCAAGCCACCUGCAGCACAUCAGCUAGACUUUUUAAACCGUAAGCUGUUCCAUUCCAUCCAGCUCCAGGCCAUCUGUGACCACCAGGGGAGGUUUAUAGACUUGUUUGUUGGCUUCCCUGGCUCCGUCCAUGAUGCCCAUGUCCUGCGGAACAGCCCGGUCUAUUACAGACAGCUGUACCCACCGGAGGCCUGGUGCAUCCUGGGGGAUGGAGGCUACCCCUGUUUGGGUGCCCCCAUCUGCCUUCUGACGCCUUAUUGGGAACCUGUGGCCAACCCCGUGCAGACCCAGUUCAACACCAUCCAUGGCAAGGCACGGAACAUUAUCGAGCAGGCCUUCGGGUUGGUGAAGGCUCGUUGGCGGUCCAUCUUCCUCAGGGCCCUUGAGGUGAAGCCAGCAUUUGCAUCGGAGGUGGUCACCUGUUGUGCCAUCCUCCACAACGUCUGCAUGGACAAUGGUGACCUCUUCGAGGCCGAGCCUCCCCCUGAGGAAGAUGGACCACCUCCCUGUUCUGAUGCAGCGUCAGGGGAAAACCUGCGGGACCGACUGGCUGCAGCAGUGUCUGCCCCAGAGGUUGUGGUUGCUGUCCUCCAGGACCACGAUUAUUGUUGA